AAAAAAUGAUGAAGAUUUCGUCGGUGGAAAAGAAAUGAUGGGAAGCAAAGGAUAUUAAAGUGGAGCCAACAAAAGACGACAACUGAACAGAACACAGAGAGAGAGAGAGAGAAAUACAGAGGGAGGGGCAGGGCGAGCAAAACAACGAAUCGAUAGGUGUUCGCAAAAAAAAAAAAAAAAACCCAGAUAUCUCUCCCUUCUCAGGAUGACAAUGAUGGCGUUCUUCUCCUCUUCUUCCCCACCGCAGAAGGGUGUUGUCGUCACAGUUCCCGUGCUCGUCCUCGCCGUUUCCGUCGCCGCUCUCACUCUGUUUUUCCUCGCUUCUUCCCUCUCCGCCCCCUGUUCCUGCUCUUUCCCACCUCCGUCCCCUUUCUCCGGCGACGGUGGGGAGAGGGUAUCGGCCACGGCGGCGGACAUCGACUGGGUAAGGGAUCAGAUCCGAGGGAAUGGGUUGCAUAUGCAGGACAAUGUUCUGCGUAAAGGGAUCAAUCCGCGGACUAGGGCUCAGCAACUCCAAGAUCUCAUUCAAUACAAGGGCAUCUCGCACUAUGAUGGUCCAGAUUCGGAUAACCACACUGCACUCCCUUGCCCCGGAGAACUCCUGGUAGAAGAGCACCACAGCAAUUACGGGGAACCGUGGGCUGGUGGAAGGGACGUGUUUGAAUUCCUUGCUGAAUCCACGAAUCUCUCGCCAAACUCCCAGGUUCUUGAGAUCGGCUGUGGCACAUUACGUGUCGGUCUUCAUUUCAUCCGUUACCUCGCUCCAUCUCGAUUUCACUGUCUAGAAAGAGACGAGCUUUCUCUCAUGGCUGCUUUGAGAUACGAGCUCCCGUCUCAGGGACUUCUACACAAGAGGCCUGUGAUUGUUCGAGGAGAAAGCAUGGAUUUCACAAGGUUUGGUGAUGCCGUUUCUUACGAUCUUAUAUAUGCUAGUGCCGUGUUUCUUCACAUGCCGGAUAAUUUAGUAUGGACGGGGCUUGAGAGGUUGGCAGGGAAGUUGAAGCCCUUUGUUGGGAGGAUAUAUGUGUCACAUAAUAUCAAGUUCUGUUCAAGGCUGGGAGGUGAGCAGUGUACUAAGAGGUUGAGUGAUUUGGGGCUAGAGUAUCUCGGCAAGAAAACGCAUGAUAGUUUGCUGUUCAAUCACUAUGAGAUUUGGUUCGAGUUCAGACGGUCCAGAGCUUAGGUAACAGAGGCGUGCCAUCAAGGUUAUUUGGCGAGCUUCAUUCCUACGUAUUCUUUCAAAUGUUUCAUCGGCAUUAUGUUGAUUGUUUGAUGUUGUAGUCAGGGUUAUGUUGUUGUAUAUAUAAAGUAGAGAAGGAACAGCCAUAGCAUGAUAGCCAUGAUAACAAUGUUGCUGAGCUUGGAUGGGUAGCUUGCUUACUGUUGCGAUAUAUGACUGUGAGACACCUUUCUGCUUGUAUUUAAUCAGGAACUGGCUGCAACUAAAAUGAGAGGAAGUCUCCAGUCAAAAUGAUGUAAUGGCUGCUCUAUUUUUGUAACUCUAGCAGCAGGCAUUUUUUCUCUACCUUUUAACUUCGCUUAUACUGUCUCAAGUGCCAUGCUAUGAUACUAACAUCUGGAAUUGUUGCAUAUUUUGCUUGCGGAUGAUCCUGAAGGCUUGAUUGUACUUUAUAGUCUUCAUAUUAUGUAAUUUUAACAGAUCACUGAAUCAUGUUUUCAUAAUUU